GCUGGUGCUGUGUCGUUCGGGUCCAAGCUUUGUCAUACUGUAGCACCACAGGCACAGGCUCCAGCUGCUGAAAAGCUCACAAUUUAUUUCUGGACCAGAAUUCUUCAUUCCCUUCCCACCCACCACUUCCACCACCCCUUUUGGAGUAUGGCGGCUACUGCUACGACCAGAGCGAUGGCGAGGUUGACACUGCCAGUGUCAACCUCAAGCUCAUCAAUUGGUCUCGACAUUGCCCGCAACAAUGCCUCCAAUGCGAUGCGCCGCAACUUUGCUACCUCUGCCUCCCCGCGCUCCUUUGUCACUCGGGCUCGACCAAUUCUCAGCAAUCAAAACUGUGAUUUGCAAAGGAGCUUUCGCCGCGCCUACGCAGAUGUGGCUCCAGCUCCAGCAAAGAAGCCCAAAAGGUUUCGUUACUUUAAAUUCCUUUGGCGGCUUACAUACCUCUCUAUGAUUGCUGGGGUUGCUUAUCUUGGGUAUGGAGUGUGGGAGCUUCGACAUCCGGAAGAGCAAUUCGAGCCCGACCCAAACAAGAAGAACCUGGUCAUCCUAGGUAAAUACCCCUCCUUUUGCUUCAAAUAUCGAGAAAAACUCCUUAACCAACAAACUAGGUACGGGGUGGGGGGCUGUUUCUCUACUCAAGAAACUCGACACCAGCAAUUAUAACGUCAUCGUCAUCUCUCCCCGAAACUACUUCCUCUUCACGCCUCUCCUUCCAUCAUGCACCACUGGCACUGUUGAACAUCGAUCCAUUAUGGAGCCUAUACGAAGCAUUACCAGGCAUAAGCAAUCGGCCGUGAAAUUCUACGAAGCAGAAGCCACAAAGAUUGAUCCUGAUAGAAAGGUGGUUGCAAUUGGUGACAACUCAGAUAUCAAGGGCGCCACAAGUACGACUGAGGUUGCGUAUGAUAUGCUGGUUGUGAGUGUGGGUGCUGAAAAUGCCACAUUCGGAAUUCCAGGUGUCAAGGAACAUUCAUGUUUCUUGAAGGAAAUUGGCGACGCACAAAAAAUCCGAACGAGGAUCAUGGACUGUGUAGAGACGGCCACCUUCAAAGAUCAAUCCUCUGAAGAGGUGGAGCGUCUUUUGCAUAUGGUCGUUGUUGGUGGUGGGCCUACGGGAGUCGAAUUCGCAGGAGAGCUUCAAGAUUUCUUCGACCAAGAUAUCAAGAAGUGGGUUCCUGAGAUUAGCGACAAGUUCAAGGUCACCCUCAUUGAGGCUCUUCCAAACGUUCUGCCCAUGUUCUCCAAGCAAUUGAUCGAGUAUACCGAAUCGACUUUCAAGGAGGAGAAGAUUACAAUUAAAACCAAAACUGCUGUAAAGAAGGUCACCGACAAAACGGUUGAAGCGGAGUUUACUGGACCAGACGGAAAAAAGACCACUGAAGUCAUGCCAUAUGGGUUGUUAGUAUGGGCCACUGGAAACGCCGUCCGACCGGUCGUUAAGGAUCUAAUGCAAAGUAUCCCAGCUCAAAAAGAUUCUCGAAGAGGUCUUGCUGUUAACGAAUAUCUCGUUGUCCAAGGCACCAAAGACAUCUGGGCGACUGGUGAUUGCGCUGUUGCCGGGUAUGCACCAACUGCACAAGUAGCCGGUCAAGAGGGUGCUUUCCUCGCUCGUCUCUUCAACACUAUGGCCAAAAGUGAGGCUAUUGAGCAGGAAAUACAUGAAUUGAGCUCCUCUCUCAACCUCAAGCCCGGAAAUGCAGCAGAAAUUGCAAAUGCUAUCGAGGCACAUGAGAAGCAAUUGAGAAGAAUCAAGGACAUCAAACCUUUCCACUACACCCACCAAGGGUCCUUGGCAUACAUUGGAAGUGAGAGAGCUGUGGCCGAUAUCAGCUGGUUGAAUGGAAACUUUGCUAGUGGCGGUGGCUUGACAUAUUUGUUCUGGCGAAGUGCAUAUCUGAGCAUGUGCUUUAGCAGUAAGUUAUUCCCCCAUAUUUAUUACUACCAAACGAAAAUUAACCCACUACAGCUCGCAAUCGUGUACUCGUCAUCAUGGACUGGCUCAAAUCAAAAGCUUUCGGCCGUGAUGUUUCCCGGGAAUAGAAACUUUUCUAGGGAAAUGGCUCUCUAGAAAAAUAUUGGGAAAAGGGGUA